AACCAAUCAUCUGGUCGGUGAGUGUAGAGGCAAAGCAGGCUCGCAGGAUGCGGGCGGGGUGGGUGUACAUGAACUAAUGUAGCCUGAUCAAACAUCGGCCACAAACUCUGCAACCCACCAAGAUCCUCAGGUCCUUUGAGGGUAAAGUCAAAUCAUCAUGGCUGCAUCCUCCCAACUGUUCAGGGUCAUCCACAGCAGGAAAUUGAGUCAAAUCUUGGUGCCAGCCAUUACAUGCCAAACCUGCUGCCAGUCUCCUCAUCCCUGCACCAAUGCAACUCAGCCACACAGUUGGCACCAGUCACGAGGAUACAGGGCCUCAGCUGCAUGGCACACCUAUUACCUGACCCCACCUCAGGUUAACAGCAUCUUAAAAGCUAACGAGUACAGCUUCAAAGUUCCUGAGUUUGAUGGCAAAAACCUCAGUUCAGUCAUGGGCUUUGACAGCAAUCAGCUACCUGCAAAUGCACCAAUUGAGGAUCGGCGAAGUGCGGCCACAUGCUUACAAACCCGUGGCAUGCUUUAUGGUGUUUUUGAUGGGCACGCGGGCUGUGCCUGUGCGCAGGCACUCAGCGAACGGCUCUUCUACUACAUCGCCGUUUCAUUGCUACCAUACGAGACACUGGUGGAGAUGGAGAAUGCAGUGGAGAGCGGUCGACCACUUCACCCAGUUCUGCAGUGGCACAAGCAUCCCAACGACUACUUCAGUAAGGAAGCCUCACGCCUCUACUUCUCCAGCUUGCGCACAUAUUGGCAGGAGCUGCUGGAUCUGAGCAUCCCUGGGGAGCAGCCUGAUGUUGGAGAAGCGCUUGUGAGUGCCUUUAAAAGGUUGGACAAUGAUAUAUCCCUCGAAGCCCAAGUUGGUGACCCUAACGCUUUCUUGCACUACUGGGUUCUUCGCGUAGCAUUCUCAGGCGCUACUGCGUGUGUUGCGCAUAUAGAUGGUAACGAGCUGCAUAUCGCCAACACUGGAGAUGGGCGUGCAGUGCUGGGCGUACAGGAACCCGAUGGCUCUUUUUCCGCACUCACGCUUACCAAUGACCACAAUGCACAGAAUGAAUCUGAGGUGCACCGUGUGCUGUCCGAGCACCCACUUUCCGAGGCCAAAACCGUAGUUAAGCAGGAUCGCCUGUUGGGAUUACUCAUGCCCUUUCGUGCAUUUGGAGACGUAAAAUUCAAGUGGAGCAUCGAGCUCCAGCGUCGUGUUCUGGAGUCCGGUCCAGAUCAGCUCCAUGAGAACGAACACGCCAAGUUCAUCCCACCCAACUACCACACGCCACCCUACCUUACAGCAAAACCAGAAGUGACACGACAUCGUCUCCGUCCACAGGACCGUUUUCUGGUUCUGGGCUCGGAUGGGCUGUGGGAAACAUUACACAGGCAGGAGGUGGUGAGGAUUGUUGGUGAGCAUCUUACUGGAGUGCACCAGCAGCAGCCGGUCAGCGUUGGUGGCUUCAAGGUGACCCUGGGUCAGAUGCAAGGCUUGUUGCAGGAGAGGAAAGCUCGGAUCUCCUCUACAUUUGAGGACCAAAAUUCCGCGACACACCUGAUCCGGUACGCGGUGGGGAAUAAUGAGUUUGGGUUGGUGGACCAUGAGAGAUUGUCAAAGAUGCUAAGCUUGCCAGAAGAAUUAGCUCGCAUGUAUAGAGAUGAUAUUACGAUCAUUUUAGUGCAGUUUAACCCACAUGUCAUUGGCGGACAGUAGAACUGGACAUACUGUUUGUCACAUGCUUUGUUACAUCUACUCUAUCAUCAAUUCUAGUGCACAAUCUCAUCACUGCAUUGUCGGUAAUAUCAGCACAUCAACUAUAUCAGUGGAAUGUAUUAAUCUGUGUGUAUACUUUUAUGUUCAUUUUUAUUCUCACACAUUUAUGGCAGCUGCCUUGGAGGGGAAUCUUAAUAUAUCAGCAGGUGAGCGGUUGAUCCGCAUUAUGUUAUAUGUGGCAAUGAAUCCAAACAGAAAAAGCUGUGCUAUGCCCACCACAGACAUUGUUAAAUAGUUAAAAUACAAAACAUAAUCCAGACUGGAACUUGCAUACGUGUUCAAAUGUACUAAUAUAAAUUUAAGCACACUUUGUACUCUGGAGAGACUAUUAAUGGUAUGGAUGACUGUAAUAUGCCAAAGUCUGCUUUAAUGUAAAAACAUGUAGGCUUUUAUUUUUUAUUUUACUAAUUUGUUUUGAAUGAAUCAAUGAAUGAAAAGCAAAUGAAUACAAAGGUCAUUAAAACAGGGUGAGAGAAGGAGAGAUAUGCAGGGUGGCCCCCAAAAAACAGGGCCACUAUGUUUGAUUGCUCAUAUCUUAAAAAUGAAUAAAGCCUCUAGUAUAGAUGCAUUCUUGUUGUUUUUUGAAAGUAUACUUUUUUUAAUUGUUAUUUUAUUUUAUUUGAUGUUCUAAUUGUUGGUGACCACUGUAGUGUGUGUUUGUGUCGGGUGGGGGGGAAUGUU